CAGCGCUGGCUUUGUACACACGGCCGCUUCCCCGGCCCUUUAACAAUGAGCGGCGAGAGCGGGUUGUCCUGGGGCUGAAGCCGAGCCUGGGGCCCGGGGGCGCCCGCGCAUGAUGAGCCAGGCCCUGGCCCGAGCACUGAGCGCAGGGAUUCUGGACUGAAGCUGUUGGAUCUGGCUAAGCUUCCCAUCCCAUUCCAUGGAGCUGGAGGGGCAGUGGUGGAAAGGACAGCUGGCUGCUGAUAUCCAUCAAGCUCUAAGAUACAAGGAGCUCAAGUUGCCCACCUAUAAAGGCCAGUCUCCUCAGCUAAAUCUCAGGCGGUAUUUUGCAGACCUGAUUGCUAUUGUGAGCAAUCGAUUCACUCUUUGCCCCGCGGCACGACAUCUCGCUGUCUAUUUGCUCGACCUCUUUAUGGAUAGAUACGACAUCUCCAUCCAGCAGCUGCAUUUAGUUGCACUUUCCUGUUUGCUUUUAGCAAGUAAAUUUGAGGAAAAGGAAGAUAGUGUGCCCAAACUAGAGCAGCUGAACAGCCUUGGCUGUAUGACUAACAUGAAUCUAGUAUUAACAAAACAAAAUUUACUACACAUGGAGCUAUUGCUGUUAGAAACGUUUCAAUGGAACCUCUGCCUUCCAACAGCUGCCCAUUUUAUUGAGUAUUAUCUUUCUGAAGCAGUCCAUGAAACAGAUCUGCAUGAUGGCUGGCCAAUGGUUUGUCUGGAAAAAACUAAAUUGUACAUGGCGAAGUAUGCUGAUUAUUUUUUGGAAGUGUCACUGCAAGAUUAUGCCUUUCUAAAUUAUGCACCUUCUCUAGUAGCCGCUGCUUGUGUGGCUUCAUCGAGAAUUAUUCUUCGUCUUUCCCCAACAUGGCCUACUAGACUACAUCGCCUGACUGCCUACUCUUGGGAUUUCCUGGUACAGUGCAUUGAACGAUUAUUGAUUGCCCAUGACAAUGAUGUGAAGGAAGCAAACAAGCAGAAAGGACAACCUGGCCCCCAGCAAGGUCAGCUGAAUGUGUUUCAUCCUACAUCCCAAACUACCCGACCAGUCCACAUUCAGCAGCCUCAGUAUCUCCAUCAAGCACAUCAGACUGCACUGCAGUAUCGCCAUCCAGUGUCAGAACAACAGAACUGUCCACAGAUAGUAUCUACCAGCACUCACACCUCAACCUACACGUUACAGACUUGUCCUACUGGCUUACAAACCAGCGUUCAGGGCCUUGGGCACAUGCAGACUGGUGUUGGUAUGUCCUUGGCAAUACCAGUAGAGGUUAAGCCAUGUCUUAGUGUUUCUUACAACAGGAGUUAUCAAAUAAAUGAACAUUAUCCUUGCAUCACUCCAUGCUUUGAGAGGUGAUGAUUUGUCAAAGUAAGCAUUGAUCCAGACUUUGUUCUCACAUAACUUCUAAGAAUAUAGAUUAAAGAGAAAGAGCUCUAUUCAGAAGGAAAGCAGAGCUUGAAUGUGAACAAGAUUUCAAACACUGAACCCACUAAAAUUGAAUUUAAAAUAUCCCUUUCAUUGCAUUAUGUACACAUGGGAAAACUGAACUAAUAAUUAUGUACGAGUCAAAUUUGUUGCAUGUUAUUUCCACAAGAAUCUCUGUAUAGCAAAAACUUCCAAACCCCAGGUGUAGGUCCAAUUAUUUCAAGCAUUAUUCAUUACCAAAAAGAAAAAAAAUAAUUUGGACAGUUCCUACUUCAUUGUAAUGGGGUUUGUCUUGUGAUAAACUUUAUGCUGACAUUUAUCUCAAGGAAAACCACUUUUCUGUGGACUUGCCAAACAGUUUUUGUAUGAAGGAAAUUUGCAGUAUUACUUUUUGAAGACGUCAUUUUUGUAUAUUCUGAUGUUUUUGAAUAAUAUACUUGAUUUAUAGAUUAAUUUUGACUACAUUCAAAUUCAUUGAGUGCUGUGCUACAGUAUCAGUCUCUGCUGUAGAAUAAUACUAAAUUCAUUAGUAGAAAUUAUCCUACAUAACUUCCUCUUACAAAUAGUAUGUGUAUUUGGAUAAACAGAUUAAGGGCAAAAUUUGUCUGUUUACAAAAUUAUGGUUUUUAAUAUACAUACAUAUUUGCCUGAAGUUUAGAUGAAAACACGUACAAACUCAGGGAAUUUGCACUACUUGGAAACACUUAACUGUAAUGCAGCAUGCUUUUGAGACAUUGAGAGUAUUGACAGCCAGGGGAAUUUAUAAAUAUUUAUAAAUUGUAAUUAGGCCAAAAUACUUCCACAUGCUUUCAAAUGAGAAUAUAGGAUCCUAGCACAGGCCUGAUAAAGUGGUUGUACCUGUGGUUCAUUUUUAUAUGUCUGUGUGUAGGUUUUGUAUUUCUUAUUGCAAUUCUUGACUUAUCCCCAAUCUGAUAGUUCAGUUUUCUUUCUUUUUUUUUUUUUUUUAAAGGUA